GGCGAGCGCGAGCGUAGCCCCCAGAUACCGGCAGACAGCAGCAGCAGCAAUUCGUCGCGACCGAACGCUCUGCUGGUGUCUCUCGCUGCCGCUGCGGUGUCUAUCGCGCGCGAAUUUGUAAAAAUACGCCACUGCGAUCGAAAAAACGAGAAAAAACAACGACAACGUAACACCGGACAGUCCAGACACCGACACAGCAUCGAAAACGAUCAAAACCUUACGAAAAAAUCGGAUAAGACGCGUUGAAGUGCACUAUAAUUGUCAGUGAUUAGUUUUUGGUGUGUCACUGUUACAUAAUGGAUACCCAGGUGCAUAACGGAGAUGAGAAUGCAGCAUCCACGUCUUCUGCUAUGUCUAAGACUACUACCAUCAGUACAAUUGCCGUUCAGAGUGGAAAAACUAGGAUUGUUAUUGCUUUACUCCAUGUUGGAGACUGGAUUCACUUGAAAAUAUUAGAAAUCACACCAGAACUCACCAUUUUAGGAAACACAUUAGCAGAAGCACUGGAACUUCAAAGAGCACACAAUGAAGUUCUACGACAGUUACAAAAUAAACAAAGUCCGGUGGAAGAGUUACUAAGACAAGCUGAUCAGCUGAUAGCCACUCAGAGACCCAGAGCUGAAGUUGGAGACUGGAUUCACUUGAAAAUAUUAGAAAUCACACCAGAACUCACCAUUUUAGGAAACACAUUAGCAGAAGCACUGGAACUUCAAAGAGCACACAAUGAAGUUCUACGACAGUUACAAUUUGAUUGA